AUGGGGUCCCUUCCACUCCCCGACUUCCUCUCGAAACGGCUAUUCUCCUCGACCCCGCAAAAGAAAAGCCUCAACAUCAACAACAUCAACCAGAAUGUCGUGCACGCCCAAUAUGCCGUCCGCGGCGAGCUAGCCAUCAAGAGUGAGCAAUACCGCGCACAGCUGGCCAAAGGCGAGGGCAAGGACCUACCUUUCGACUCGGUCAUCAGCGCCAACAUCGGGAACCCGCAGCAACUGGACCAGAAACCUUUGACGUUCUUCCGACAGGUAGCGAGUCUACUAGAGAAUCCAGAACUCCUAGAGCACGAGCAAAUACUCCUAGAUAAGCUGGGCUACAAGAGCGACGUCGUCGAGCGAGCACGACGGCUCCUCAAAGACGUCAAGAGCGUAGGCGCCUACUCACAAUCCCAAGGCGCGCCCGGCAUCCGCCAGAGCGUGGCAGACUUCAUCGAGAGACGGGAUGGCUACUCCUCCGACCCAGCGAACAUCUACCUCUGCGCUGGCGCGAGCUCGGGCGUGAACGCGUUGAUGAACGUGAUUUGCUCGACGCCGCAGACGGGCGUGUUGGUGCCGAUACCGCAGUAUCCGCUCUACUCUGCCACACUACGGCUGAUGAAUGCGCAUAUGGUGCCGUACUACUUAAAGGAGGACGCGAACUGGGCGACGGAUGUGGGAGGGAUGAGAGAUGCGUUGAAAGAGGCGCAAGGGAAGGGGAUAGAUGUGCGGGCGGUGGUGGUGAUUAACCCGGGAAAUCCAACGGGCGGUUCAUUGAAGCCGGAGGAUAUCAAUGCGGUGUUGGAGCUGGCGGCGGAGGAGAAGUUGGCCGUGUUGGCGGAUGAGGUGUAUCAGAUGAAUGUGUUUGAGGGGGAGUUUCAGAGUUUCAAGAAGGGGUUGCGGGAUCUGCAGAAGAGCGAGAAGAACAAGGACGGUAAAUUUGAUGAGAUGGAGCUGGCGAGCAUGCACAGUAUCAGCAAAGGCAUGGUGGGUGAAUGUGGGCAUCGGGGAGGGUACUACGAGAUGGUUGGAUUUGAUCCAGAGGUCGUCGCGCAAAUCUACAAAUUCGUCUCCAUCAUGCUCUGCGCCCCCGUCAUCGGCCAAUGCCUCGUCGACUGCAUGGUCAACCCUCCCCGCCCCAACGACCCCUCCUACCCUCUCUACAAAUCCGAAUACGACGGCAUCUUCAACGGCCUCCGCCAACGCGCCGACGCCUUGUACGAAGCUUUCUCGCAAAUGGACGGCGUGUCCUGCCAAUCGCCUCAAGGUUCGAUGUACCUCUUCCCAACUAUCACGCUACCCGAGAAGGCUGUGGCAGCGGCGAAGGAAGAGGGCAAGAAGCCCGAUGAGUUUUAUUGUUUGCGGUUGUUGGAUGCGACCGGGGUGUGCAUUGUGCCUGGCAGUGGGUUUGGGCAGAAGGAGGGGACGUUGCAUUUUCGGACGACGUUUUUGGCGCCGGGGACGGAGUGGGUGGGGCGGAUCACGAAGUUUCAUCAAGAAUUCAUGGAUCAGUACAGAUGA